UACUUCUUAUACGACGGUUAAACACUUAAAACAAAUAGCAGUUUUUGGUCAACUCAUGCAAGGAGAUAUGGGUGUUGAAGAGUUCUCCACUCAAAUCAAAAAGGUUGGUAAAUUGGCCGGAAUGACACCUGAACAACAAAGAGAGCAAUUUAUUCGUGGCUUAAAUCCUAUAAACCAAUAUAAUAUUCGAAUGAUGGCUAAAUUUGAGGAUACUCAGGAAAAUAUCACAAGAGCCUUAGCUGAAAUGGAAAAAUUUACACUUUCUCAAAGAAAUGCACCAUCUUCUCUUCCUGCUUUUCCGGCAGCCAAUUCUUACAUAGACACUAACAAAUCAGAAAUGACUAAAACUGAAAUCUCUACUAUUAAAUCCUUUCAAAAGACUAUGUCUCAAGCGACUAAAACUCUAGAUAAUAGUAAAAAAUCAUCUAAGAAGAGAGCAGAAAAUACUGCCAUUAAUCGCUUUUUAAGUGACUUACUAAGAAAAAAUCCAGUUAAACACCCUGCCAAUGAAUAUGAUCAUGAUCCUAUAGAAGAUAUUUCAGAUAGUUUAGCAGGAUUAACAUUAAAUAGUGUCAUAAAAACUGCUACAUCUAAAACUUCAUUGGAGGAAACUAUUUGUAAAGUCCUCCUAAGUGAACUUAAAUUAAUUUUUUCUGAUCAUUUCUCCCAAGACCCUAUUAAAGCUAAUAUACUGAAUCAAGUGCCUCUAAUCCAGGAAAAGAUAGAAUCUCCAAGCAAUACUUCUCUAAUCACCAAGGUUGUAUCGCUAGAUCUAGAUGAGGAAGAAGAUUUAGAUGGUCCGAUAGAGAUUGAUUUCGUUAAGAAGAAGGAGCCAAAAACAAGUGUCGCAACU